GACAUGCUGUCAAGUGGCAAUAUCCCAGAUCUCUUUGCCCGCGAGGAAUACGACAACAUCUUCUCUGCGAUCCGCAACGCUGCAAAGUUUGCGGGCUAUGCAGAUGACAGAGAGGCACUGUUCCAGUACUUCUUGGACAAGGUACGCUCAAACCUGCACCUGGUGCUGUGCCACUCCCCGGUGGGCUCCACUUUCCGCGUGCGCGGCCGCAAGUUCCCAGCAUUGAUCAGCUGCAUGUGCCUGGACGUCUUUCACCCUUGGCCCCGUGAUGCCUUGGUCGGUGUCGCCGAGCGCUUCAUGGAGGUCCUGCAAGAAAAGAACAUCCAAAACGAGGAGGUGCUGGCCAGCAUUGCCCAGCACUCCGCAGAGGUGCACGUGUCCGUCUACAAGGCCAACCAGCGAUACCUUGAUGAAGAACGCCGCUACAACUCAACGACGCCCAAGUCCUUCCUGGAGCUCAUCAGCUUCUACGUGAGAAUGCUCACUGAGAAGCAAGCCAGUGUGGACUACAAUGUAUCAAGAUUGGAAAGGGGGCUGAACAUCAUGCGUGAUGUGCAAAAUGGGGUGGCGGACCUCAAGAAAGAUUUGGAAGUGACCCUAGUCCAGGUGGACGAGAAGAAAAUCUCCACCGAGGAGCUCAUCAAGCAGGUGACUGUGGCAUCCGCCGCUGCUGCGGUCGAAAGGGAGGCAGCGCGCCAGGAGCAGGGGAAAUGUGAGGCUCUGGCCACAGAGGCGCAGCGGAUGAAGAUGGAGGCGGACCACGAGCUGAACGAUGCCCUGCCGGCCAUGGAGAAGGCCGCGGCAGCUGUGGACUGUCUGGACAAGGCCUCCAUCCAGGAGCUGAAGGCUUUCCCAAAGCCGCCCCAUGAAUGCAUCGACGUGGUGGCCGCCUGCGGCUUCUUGCUCAAGCAGGAGAAGCGAAAGCUUGACUGGAAGGGCUGCCAGAAGAUGAUGCAAUCUCCUCAACAGUUUAUCGAUGAUGUGAAAUCCUUUAAUGCUGAAGAAAUCCCAGAGCAGGUGUUGGCAAACACAGACGCUCUCAUAGCUUUGCCCUUCUUCAACUUCGAGUCUAUGAAGAGCAAAAGCGUCGCAGCUGCUUACCUCACCAACUGGGUGGUGAACAUCGUCACCUACAACAAGAUCUACACCAAGGUGGCCCCUCUGAUGGAGAAGGUCCGGGUGGCCAACGAGACCACGGAGAGCGCCAAGCUGCAGCUCCGGGAGGUGGAGAGUCGCGUGGAGGCCGUGGAGGCGAACUGCGCAGAGCUGGACCAGCAGCUGAGCAACGCGUUGCUGGACAAAGAUACCAUGGAGCGCCAGGCAGCCAGCUGUGUGCAGCGGCUGAGCACUGCAGAGCGCUUGGUGUCGGGCCUCCAUGAGGAGAACGAGCGUUGGGCCAGUACCGUGGUGGACCUUCGCGACCUGGGGAUUCGUCUCAUAGGCAACUGCAUGCUGGCCAGUGCCUUCGUGGGCUAUGCCUCCCCGUUCUCAGCUCGCUUGCGGCAGGAUCUGUGGCAGCAAGUCUGGACUUCAGAUCUAAAGCAACGGGAGAUCCCAAUGACCAACAACAUCGACCCGCUGUCUGUGCUUGCCAGCGACGCGGAUGUGGCAGGGUGGAUGAAUGAGGGUCUUCCAGCUGACCGGGUCUCCGUGGAGAACGCCUCCGUGGUCACCAGCUGCUCGCGCUGGCCCUUGCUCGUGGAUCCCCAGCAGCAGGGAGCGCGGUGGAUCAAGCAGCGUAUCGGAGAGGAGCUGAUGGUGAUCCAGCUCUCAACCGUCAAAUGGCUGGACAAGGUGAUCUUUAGCGUGCAGACCGGUGGUCAGUUGCUGAUCGAGGCUCUGGCAGAAGAGAUUGACGCGGUUUUGGAGCCUUUGCUCUCCCGAGCUGUCAUCAAGAGGGGUCGCGGGCCCUUGUUUUUGAAGCUCGGACCUGACGAGAUCGAGUAUGACAGCAAGUUCCAACUGUAUUUGCAGUCCAAGCUCCCAAACCCCCACUUUCGUCCAGAGAUCUCGGCGCAGUGCACCGUGGUGAACUUCAUCGUAACCCCGGAAGGCCUCGAGGAGCAGAUCCUGGCGCUGGUGGUGAACUGCGAGAAGCCGCAGCUGGAGGAGGAGAAGCAGAUCCUGGUCCGGCGCCAGAAUGAGUUCAAGGUGGUGCUGAGUCGUCUCGAGGACGAGUUGCUGUCGCAACUCUCCGCGGCGGAUCCCGGGACAAUUCUCGACAAUCUGCCCCUCAUCGAGGGCCUGGAGAAGACAAAGCAAACCAGCCGCGAGAUUGCGAUGCAAGUCGCAGAAGCCGAGAAAACCGAGGCAGAGAUCAACCAUUCCCGUGAGCUUUACAGACCGGUGGCCGCAGAAGGCUCCAUGCUCUUCUUCCUGGUGGUGGAGCUAUCAACAGUACAGCACAUGUAUCAAUACUCCUUGGACGCCUUCAACACCUUCUUGCAGAAAGCUAUCGACCGUGCGCAGGCCUCGGACGACGUGAAGGAGCGGACAGAACGUCUGAUUGCCUCCAUGAGGAUCACUGUCUUUCGGUGGGUGAAUCGUGGACUUUUUGAAGAUCACAAGUUGAUCUUCUGCUGCAUGCUGGCCUUCCGCUUGUUGCAGCUGCGGCAACUCCCGGAGGACUUUGUCCCAGCGCACUUCUCCUUCCUCAUGCGAGGGCCGGCUGUGACUCACAUCGGCGAGAAUCCGCUCUCAGACUGGCUUCUAGACAACAGCUGGGCCAUGGUCCUGAAGCUCAUCGAGCUGGAGGGUUUUGAAAACUUUGCGCAAAACAUGGAGAGGGAUGCGCCGAAUCGUUUCCGGGAUUGGAUGGCAGAACUUGCUCCCGAGGAAGCAAAAUUGCCAUUGGACUGGAAGACCUUGGACUCCAAAUAUUUCCGGCUUGUGAUUCGCUGCCUACGGCCGGAUCGCAUGUCCUCAGCUUUAGCCAAGUGGAUCAGGCAAACCCUUCCAAACGGCAAAGACUAUAUUGACUGUGAUGCCUCCCUCUCCUUCUACAAGGUGCUAAGCUCCUCGUACGAGGACUCGACUAGUAUGACGCCCUUCUUUUUCAUUCUGUCCCCUGGUGCGGACCCUGUCAAGGAGGUGGAAGCCUUGGGGAAGGUGCUCAUCGGCCUUCAGGCCAAUGUGAACUAUCACAACGUGGCCAUGGGCCAGGGACAGGAUGAGAUCGCCAUGCAGAAGUUAGAGCUGGGGUCCAAGGAGGGUCACUGGGUGAUGCUGCAGAACAUCCACCUCAUGCCAUCCUGGUGCGCAACGCUGGAGAAGCGAUUGGAUGCUUUCGCCGUAGAGAACAGCAAUCCCUACUUCCGACUUUUUCUUUCAGCAGAUCCCUCGGCUGGCAUCCCCAUCGGCCUGCUGGAGCGGUCGAUCAAGCUCACCAACGAGCCUCCGCAGGGCCUUCUUGCCAACCUCAGGAGAUCCUUUGCGCUCUUCAACCGGGAGGAAUUCGACGAGAGGGAUAGCAAGAUCAAGUCCAUCCUCUUUGCGCUGUGCCACUUCCACUCGCUGAUGCUUGAGCGCAAGAAGUUCGGGGCGCUGGGCUACAACAUGAAGUAUCCCUUCUCCAAUGGGGAUCUCCGGGACUCGGCCUCCGUGCUAUACAACUACCUUGAGGGAUCCACUGCCGUGAAGAUACCUUGGGAAGACCUGCGCUAUAUCUUUGGAGAGAUCAUGUAUGGAGGCCACAUAGUUGAUGAUUGGGAUCGCCGCAUGUGUGAAAAGUACUUGAGCUACUUCAUGCAGGAUGACAUCUUGGACGAGAUGGAGCUGGUUCCCUAUGCCGACGGUUUGAGUUGGAAGUCACCUGGUCCUGGAACGCACGAGAAGUAUCUUGAACACAUUGAGACGAUGCCGCCGGAGUCACCGCUCUUCUUUGGUAUGCAUCCCAACGCCGAGAUAGACUUCCGCACCAAGAUGUGUCACAACAUCUUCGCGUUGCUGCAACUGAUGCAGCCAAAGAAGAUGGGCCAGAAGGGAGCAGUCGAAGAGUCCCCGAUGACUCAUGCAGAGGAGAUGUGUAGCGAGAUCCUGGAUGAGGUCCGAGAGGUGCGUUUCAACGUGGAAGAAGUCGCUGGGCAGCUCACAGAUGAGGAGAAAGGGCCAUACCAGUUUGUUCUCAUGCAGGAGUGCGACUGCAUGAAUUGCCUCGUCCAUGAGAUGGUGCGUGGCCUGAACGAAUUGCAGCAAGGAUUCAAGGGAGAGCUGACAAUGAGCGAGCACAUGGAGCAUCUUGCUGAGGCGCUCUAUGAGGAGACGCUGCCCGUUUGGUGGGUGAAGCUUGGCUUCCCGUCCACCCGCCCCUUGAGGUCCUGGCUGGUGAACUUGAAGGAUCGCUGCUCCCAGUUGGAGGAUUGGUUUGCGGAACCCAUCCAUAUUCCGAAGGUUGUGGACGUCUCCAAGUUGUUUAACCCGCAGAGCUUCCUGACAGCCAUCAAGCAAGUCUGCUGCCAGAACCAGUUUCUGGAGUUGGAUCGCUUGCAGGUAUUUACGGAGGUCACAAAACGUAUUGACCCCAAGACUGUCGACAGCCUUGCCCGAGAAGGUGCAUAUGUCACAGGUAUGUAUUUGGAGGGAGCUCGGUGGGACGUGAACACCAACUGCUUGGAGGACUCGCGUCCCAAAGAUAUGUUCACAAGGCUACCUGUCAUCAACUGCAAGGCAGGGCUCCAGCAAGAGCGAGAGGAUAAAAACGUGUACAUGUGUCCCACCUACUGCGUGCCCACACGAAGGCCUCACUUCGUCUUUGUGGCGCAGCUCCGAACGAAGCAGCCGGCUGCGAAGUGGGUCUUGGCGGGGGUUGCGAUCAUCUUGGACAUAGGCUAAAAAGCUCUCCCCUGCCCCGGCGACGCCUGUACUAUGUACCAUACCGCAGUGCGGCCCUUGCUGCGCGAAAGUCGCAGCAACUCCGUUUAACGAAGGGUGCGGGAAGUGGUGCA